GCGGAAGUCACGUGUGUUGUCGUCCUUCCGCUGCACGGCGGUGUCGUAACGUGCAGCUGUUAGCACGACGAGCUAACGGUGCUACCGAGAGACGACCUUCUCAUUAACGCGGAUUGAACCGUCAGUCCGGUCACGUUCGUCCUUCCGGUCCAACCGAUCUUUGAAACUAAAACUGGUUUCACUCCUGCGGUCAGACGUCAGUCGACUUCUCAGCCAAUUAGAGGGUCCUGCCUGGUGCGUUUAAGUUCCUCUGUGGCUCCAGCUUCGCACCCGUGACACAUUCAGGGUCCAACAUCGUGCUCGGUGUUUCUGUGAGACGCUGGACUAGUGGACGUCAGAGGAACUGAAGCAGCUGCUGACGUCAGGAUGUUUCUCUGAACCGCCGCUCGGCCGUUUUCCCAUGUCGCGUCACAGUAAACUGCAGAAGCAGGUCCUGGCUCUGUACCGCCACUUCCUGCGGGCCGGCCGCGACAAGCCGGGCUUCGUCCCGCGGAUCCGAGACGAGUUCCGGGAAAACGCUUGCAUCAAGAGGACGGACGUGAUGUACAUCGAGUAUCUGUACCGACGAGGGCAGAGGCAGCUGGAGCAGCUGAGGGACGUCAACACCAAACAGCUGGGCUCCUUCUCCAGAGACCAGGACCAGGUCUGACCUCUGACCUCUGACCUGCGUCGUUUGACCUGAACAACAGCAACAGAUACCUCCUUAAAGAGAUGCUGCUUUCAAGUACAGUCAGGAAAUGAGAGAUGUGAUAAAUGUUAAACACAACAAAUAUGAAGUGACUGUCACCGUUCUGUGAGAAUGUGUGUGGGGGGGGGGGUGCAAGUGAAAAUAAAAGUUGACCAAUGAAUGGAACAUUAA